AUGCUUUCCCAUAAUUCAAGGCCUUUCAAUGUGCUUCUAAUACUCAUUUCUAUCGUUUUACUGUUUGCGACAUUCAUACUCACCAUUGUUGGUACAGCCGGCUCGACUUCAAAUUAUAAUCCGAUUAACAGGAUUUACCUAGGUGAUGCAGAUAUUUCACAUAUUAAUGUGACAAAGGUCUUACCACAAUUUGACUCGACCCUAAAAAUCUUAGGUACCAAUAUGUUAAAUCAAAGUAACACCGUCGAAUCAAUCUUCCAUUCCAUAAGCGGCAUUGCAUCGAAUGAAAGUUCUUUAGCCGCACUGCUACAAAUCUUAUCCACAACAGAAAAUACUGACGCAACGGUGGAUUCAAUGUUGGAUUUAUCAAAAUUAUUAUUAGAUGAUUCUUCAUCUCAAAUGGCUACGGCCAUGUUGGCUCAAAUUAAUCAACUAUUUGAUGCCUCUAGUAAUGACACUAUGACUUUACUUUCAUUAGAAACAUUAAUUGGCUUAGAACUGCAAAAUAACUCUAAUUCAAACGUCACCGCCAUGACAUUGAACUUGUUGAAUGGUUCCAGUAAUCCACUAGAUUCAGUAAAGAACCUAGAAACAUUAAAUGAUUUAUCCACUGAUGAUAAAGAAAAUUUGGUACCUGUUUUUGAAUUAUUCCAAAAUACAAACAAUGCCACUGGAUUAAUGGCCAGUUUGGCAACUGUGAUGUCUAAUGGCGAAUCUAUUUCAGGUAGUAGAGCAACUUUGCUAUUGACGGCUUUGCAGUCACAAUUGGCUAGUGGCGCCAAUGUAUCGUCAGUUAUAAGUUCGCUUUCCGGAUUGAUCACCAGUGAUGAAAGACCAGUAGUCAAUGCAAUUGCUGACAUCUUAGAAUAUUCCACAGAUACUAACACUACUCUUUCUAUCUUAGAAGAGUUAGUAUCAAAUAAUGUCACUUCGUCAGAAUAUGCUAGGACCGCGUUAACUUCAUUGGCUUCAAUUGUAGCCGAUUCUAGUAACACUACAAACGCUCUUAUGACCGUCUCCGAACUUUCGAACGCAUCAAUAUCAAACUCAACUUUAACUACAAUGCAACUUGCCUCACUAACGAGUUUACUUGAGUCAUCAAAUGAUGAAGGUACCACAAUAUCAGUACUUUCCAAUUUACAAAAUGCAAUGACCAGUAGCAGUACUAUUGUUGAAUCUGUUCCAUCACUAUUCACUCUACUUUCAUCAUCCAGCGAUCCUAUGGGUACUUAUCGAGCUCUCGUCGUGAUAGUAGGAUGGGCCCAUGACAAUCCUAGCGAAUUCCAAUCCACUUUGACUUUACUAGAGAAUUAUAAAAAUGCACCAAACAAGGUUACUUCAGAACAAUUAAUUGAAAUGUCACCAGACUUAUUGGAAUUUUUGAAUGUUGCCACCAGCUACAGAAUUGCUAUCUUUAAUUUGUGCAAAGCUAAUGCAAAUAACGAAAUUCUUUCAUGUUCUAAGCCACAUGCCGUACAGAAUCUGGAUAUCAGAGCAAUCAUUUACGAGUCAUUGGAGGACUCCGAUUUCAAACCUUUCAUGGAUGCAUUGGAUAUCCAAGCGGACGAUUUACAUUUGGAAGGUAAAUUAUUACAUAGAGAACAUGAAUAUGUGUCAGCAGUUAGAGCAAUCCUGGCGCUCAAUUUAUUAACUAUUAUUUUCAGUUUCUUCCUAAUCGUCGUAUUGAUUAUACUUUUAUUCAAAUUCAGAAUUAUCGGAAUUAUUUCCGUUGUAAUGGCAUUUUGUGUUGCAUUAUUUUCAAUAUUGAGUGGUAUAAUCACUGCUGUUAUUGCUGAAGUAAUCAAAUCAGGAACUUACGAGGAUAAUUAUGGAGUUGUUUACAAGAGUGGACAAAAUUAUAUGGGAUUGAUAUGGAGUGGCUUUGCCUUUGCCUUCAUUAGUUUCUUCUUAAUUGUUUGGUAUGUCGUUCGUUACAGAAAGAUGCUCAAAGCAGAAAGAGAAGAACAAGAAAAAGGAAACUACUAUAAUGAUGUUGUCGACGAUGUCAGUAGUACCGAACUCGAUGCCAAUGCUGCUAUGGACACUUCAGACACUAUUAGUAGCGUUGAAAGACAAAAGAACAGCGCUGCUAUCACAACAACUAAUGGCAACUCUAACGAAAAGAUGAAUUCCGAAUCUAACUAUGUCAUCUCGGACAGUAGUGGAGAAGAUCAAGUUCCAAACGGAAAUAUAGUUUAA